AUGAAUACAAACUUGAAGCAAUCUGAUUCUGUUGAAGUAUUAUCUUCAACAUUAUCGAAACCCACUAGUACAAUCCUUCAAUUAUCUCAUCCAACAAAUGUGACUCGUACAAUAAAUAAUACUAACAGUAAUAAUAAUAAUAAUAAUCAGACAACAACUAAAUCUGUCCGACGAUUUUCAUGUGCUGUUUGUAAUAUUGAUUUAUCUAAUCAAAAACAUUUCAAUUCUCAUCUGAACAGUCGCCAACAUCAACAAGCACAGAGUAUUCAUGAUGUAUUACAAUCAGUCGCGCCAGAAUAUCGUCCUGCAUACAAAGCAAUGUUUUCACCAGAGAUGCUUAAUAAAAAAGUCUUUAAUCGUCAAUUGCGUUGUGAAAAAGAAAUCAAUCAAAUGAAAAAACCUUUAUUAGGUUUGAACUAUAUAAUCGAAUUUCAAUUUGAAAAUUUCACUGAUCCACCUCAAUAUAUUUGCGAAUUAUGUCAUUUGAAAUUUUCGUCCGAAUCUCUUCUUUCUCACAUUUUAAAUAUUCAACAUCAACAAAAGUUUUUAAAAAACAAUCAUCAAGAUAUGUAUGAACGUGUAAUGUCAGCAUCAAAUAUUCGAUCUGAACAACAACGUUUGAUUGAAAACUAUGCCAAGCAAAUUCAAUUGAGACAUGGUGGUCCUGGGAAUAUUCAAUUAUAUAUUCAACUGGAUUCAUUUAUUGGUCAAAAACCAAUUGUACUGGCUGUGACAUUUAAAUCUCAAUCAGGACCAAAUUCAAAAGGACAUAAGAAAGCAUCAAUACAAUUAAUGGCAAAAACGUUUCAAGAAUAUAAUUAUUCAUAUGAAAAUAUACCAAUCAAAGAUGAGAAAGAAUUAACAUCUGAACAAACAGUGAAUAAUGAAGAUUCAAUUCAACGAGGAUUAUCUCCAGAAGAUUUAUUGUAUCCAUUUGAACGUCAGUUUUGGUAUCAAAAUUAUAAAGAUCUUCUUGGAUCGCGACCUAUUGAUCCACAUUCAGUAACCUAUGAAGAGACCAUACCUGAACCAAAUAAUUUACAACCAUUUCAAGGCAUAUCGCAAACAACGUCAAAUACGUCUCCUUUAUCUGCAGCUGCCAAUGAUAGCCAUGUAACCCUAGAAAAUGGUCAAACUAUUCGUCGAAAUACUAGUCAACCGUCAAAUCGUCGUGUUAUUCUUGAUACAAAUCGCACACCAACAUUAACUCAAAAUGGUAUAUUACGAAUAUCUCCAACAAAAAAUAAACCGAACUUCGAUGGGUAUACAUUAUUAAAUGCACAACAAAAAACAACCAAUGGUACUAAUGCUGUACUGAAUGAACAAUCCGCACGUGCUAUAUUAGCAGCAAGCGGCCUUUUACAAUCGGAUGAAGAAGAUGAAUACAAUAUGACAACAUCGAGUCAAUCAUCAAAAACUAAUGAAGAAUCAAAGCAAAACUCUAAUCAGAUUGUUUCACCUUUAAUAGCUAAACGAAUGCUUGAUGCUGUACUAGAUGGAGAUUUAGAUGUUGUACAUAUUCAACCAUAUUUUUCAACGUUUGUUAAUUUAAUACAGACGGGACAAGUCGAAUUAGAACGUCAUCAAGCUGAAAGAUUACUUCAUAAAGUUUUAGUCACAUCUUCAACAUCUUCAUUAUCACCAAUAAUGAAAAAUGAACCAGUAAAAAAUAGUAACAAACGAGCACGAUCAACUAGUCGUUCAAGAGAAUGCCGUUCCUCAUCAACAAGUCUACAUCAUCAGUAUGAAGACUAUAGAUCAUCGACAGAAUCCAAUCCUAAAAAAUAUUCAUCGUCAACACGAAACAUUCAUUUGAAAUAUGACAACAAAACUAUCAACGGAAAUGCUUCUGUCGAUUAG